AUGUCGGACCCUCUAUCCAUCGCAGCAAGCGUAGGCGGCCUUGCCGUCAUUGCACUAAAUGUUGUCAAAGGGAUCAAGGAGAUCAUUGAGGAUGUCAAGACCGCAAAACCUCAACUACAAAGUCUACUACAAAGCGUCACCGUUCUCCAUGGGCUCCUCAAAGGACUUAGUCUUGUUAUGGACCCCGCGAAAGAAGCUGGCCUCGACGACAAGGGUCCUAGCGAAGCAAUAAUUCUGUGUAGCGCUACUCUCGACAACAUCAAGCAAUUGCUUAAAAAAUUUGGAUCAAACGUUGACACUCCUACGGCCAAUCCGGGCACUUUUAGUGCCAAUAUGACAGAUCCUUCAAACCUCCGACUUGGAAGAAAGUGA